GAUUGUCAACAACGUCCCUGGACAAUGCAUGAGCUGCAUCAAUCUAUAUUCUGAAGCUGCAUGCAGAUAACAUCCCUAUCAAGUUAAAAGAAGUUGGUUUAGGCCUACGUUCAGAAAAAACAAACCCAAUUUUGAUUCGGCUUUUCCGGGAUUUGCGGUUUAGGCCUAGGCCUGGUAAGAAGUUGGCUAUUAUUGCCGUGGCCUAGAGGCCUAGGCCUAGCCUGCCAGUGAUUGUGUAUGUAUGAUGGGUUGCCAUAUGAUGACAUGAUUAUUGGCUAGCCUAUGCCACACACCAACUGUUCGUCUGACUGACAAGGGCCUAGGCAUGAUAUUAGAAACGGUGUGUCAGUACGAAUAUUAAAAUGGCAACUCGAGUAGCUGCAUGUCUACUUAACGUUUCGGAGGCCUUAAAUAAGAGCAUUGUUGAAAGUAUAGCAGCAAGUGCAACGAAUCAGGCAGACUAUCUCUCAUCAGAUCAUAGUGUUUUAAAAUCUUCCUCCACUGUGCUCAAUAUUUUCAACGAUAAAGAUUACAACCGAUCUGUAAUAACAAUCGCAGGACCUUUGCAAUGCUUGGCUGAUUCUGUAUACCGUGCUUGCCAGUCUGCCUUUGAACAGAUCAAUCUGUCCAAACAUAGUGGAGGUCAUCCGAGACUUGGUGCCGUGGAUCUUGUUCCAGUACAUCCAUUAUCUGAAGAUGUUAGCCUGGAAGACUGUGGGGCUGUAGCCAAAAAUAUUGCAGAAAGACUAGCUGCUAAUAUUCCAGGCACUUCGUUCUUUUUGUUUGGCGAGAGUGAUUCUCCUCUUAAACGAAGUUUAGUGCAGCGAAGAAAAGAGGUGGGAUGGUACCAUGGUAGAUUUGGGAUGGACUACAGCGCUUUGAAGUUUGACGUUGGAUCAUCUCCAUGCUCCAGAUAUGGUUUAACAGGUAUAGGUGCGUCUCCUUAUGUAAUGAACUGCAAUGUCACAAUUGCUACACAAGACUUUGAAUUUGGUCGUCACAUUGCAUCAAAAAUCCGUGCAACAGCGCCCUCUGGAUUACCAGGAGUCCAGUCCAUGGCUUUCAAGCAUGAAGGACAAAUAGAAAUUGCUUGUAAUGUUGAGUCCACUGUAACCUGGGAUGAAUCACGCGAGAAAUAUGUGUAUACACACACCGAUGCAUCAACGCUGACAUCGCUUGUAGAGAGAUUAGCAUCAGAGAGAAGCGUGAAGCUGGUAGGAACGGCUCUUGUAGGAUUCAGUCCACAGGAGGCUCUCCAUCAAGCACAGCAUGCCUUGGCCACUGGGCAACGUCAGUUUUGGAAAACAAGAUCCACGAUAACAAUGUGAUAGCUAGUUAAUAAGGAGCUUUUUAUUGCGUGAUGCGGUAAAACUAGACCGUAACAACGUCGCUAAUAAUUCAUCUGUGCAUGCGGGAAGUUUUCCUCAUCGCAUGGAUUCUAGGAUGCCAUUUGACAAAAUCAUUGUUGAGCAGUGAACAUAGGACGGUCACGCAUGAGUGAAUCCGUAAAUGGGCGUGGUUAGGCAUCGCUAACAUCUCUCGGAAGUAGUCCAGAAUGAUCAUUUAGGGUUAUUUAGGGUUUCUAAGGCCAAACGUGCGGGUGGCAGCUAUCCCCAAUAGUAAGCCCGGGGCCCCAGCCCCACGAAUGCUGUCUUGUGGGGCUGGGGCCCUGGACUUACUAUUGGGUAUAGCUGCCACCCGCACGUUUGCUAUUUGUAUUGUAAAGAGACCAUGUAUUAUGCAAGUCCUCAACCAUUACCAAAAAAUUUUACAACAAUGGCGAAAAUUUACUGUACAUGUAAGAGUUUUUUUAAUAAUAAAAAAAGCAUUUUUUAGGUCAAUACAA